AGUCGGUGGCGGGGAAACCCAGCCCAACCGAACCCGGCGGGUGGGCCUGGACCUUGCCGUGGGACCGCGGGAGAGGGCGGCCGAGGACCUGCCUCCCGCACCGGCCCGGACCCGGGGUCCCUGUCCCAUCCCUGGGCCUCAGCUGGAGCAGGACCUGCCCAGGUUGGGGACCCCACCUGGUCGGGGAUCUCGCGUUCCAGCCCAGCGCCACCUGGAGCCUCCUUCCCAGGCGAGAUUUGCAGGACUUCCUGGACAGGGCCUGGCUCACACCCUCUGGACCUGAGGUGUUGGAGGACUGCCCCAUUUUCCUUGCUGUCAGCCACAGGGCUCCGGUGCUCAUGCCGGCCUCAAGAUGAGCCCUGACCUUGGGGCCUGGGCUGCCUCUGGGGGAGCCUUGGCGGUGCCCUGCAUCACCUUCCCAGAGUUGGCAUGCUGCCCGCCCCGGCUGCAUGGCCACUGCCCUUCCUGUUGUUUUCAAGCUCUGAAAGACUCCUGGCACCUCCAGUUAGCUGCUGGCUCAGGUUCUGGGCAGGAAGGCCAGGCCCACAGGAUGUCUGGUGACCAGGAAGGGAGCCCUGAGGGCCUCAGAGGCCAUCUGCUCCGUGGACAGAAAACCGAAGCCCUGAGAGAGGGAGUCUCUGGAAGUCUCUGGAGUGUCCUCUUCCUGAGGCCAGGCAUGGCUGUCUCCCACACCUGAACACAGGCUCCUGUUGAAAAUGGAUGACUUAGACUUCAAUCUGAAAAUUGUCCUCGUCAGUUUCAAGCAGUGUCUCAACGAGAAGGAAGAGGUGCUCUUGGACCACUACCUUGCCGGCUGGAGGGGCCUGGUCAGGUUCCUGAAUAGCCUGGGCACCGUGUUCUCCUUCAUCUCCAAGGACGUGGUGGCGAAGCUGCAGAUCAUGGAGAAGCUAUGCAGCGGUGCCCAGCGGGAGCACUACAGCAGCCUGCAGUCCAUGGUGGCCUACGAGGUAGGCAACCAGCUGGUGGACCUGGAGCGGCGCUCCCGCCACCCCGACUCAGGCUGCCGGACCGUGCUUCGGCUGCACCGGGCCCUGCACUGGCUGCAGCUCUUCCUGGAAGGCCUCCGCGCCAGCCCCGAGGACGCGCGCACUGCCACACUCUGCACGGAUUCCUACAAUGCCUCCCUGGCCGCCUAUCACCCCUGGAUCGUCCGUCGCGCUGUCACCGUGGCCUUCUGUGUGCUGCCCACACGGAAGGCCUUCCUGGAGGCCAUGAACGUGGGGUCCCCUGAGCAGGCCGUGGAGAUGCUGGGCGAGGCCCUGCCCUUCAUCGAGCGUGUGUACAGCAUCUCCCAGAAUCUCUACGCCGAGCACGCCCUGCUGGACCUGCCCUAGGGGCUGGGAGCCCUGCGGGGUGGGCGUGCCCUAACCCAGAGCUGUGUGGGGGUGGCCAGAACCCAGCAGUCCCGCCAUGGAAAUUUCUGGGUCCUCCUGCGAACUCGAGCUGGUCCAGAGCCCCUCAGACCCUGCCUCUGGCCGAGGUGCUGGCCGCCUAUGCCUCACCCGGCCCCUCCCCCACCGGGCGUCUCAUCUUUACCCUCCGCCACGGUGCCCGCAUGUCCAGUCAAGUCACCCUUGGUGGGUGAAGUGCAGAAGGCAGGGGAGCGUUCAUGGACAAGCUGCCCCUCCCUGGGGAUCGAGUGUGAGAUGGAGGCGACAUCACCAGGCCCAGGAUACAGCAUCCGUCCAGAGGACGGGCGCCUCCGUACAGCUGGCUGUCCCCUGGACGGAGUACCCCUGGACAGCAGUCAGCACCUCAGGCUUCCCCCUGCCCCGCCUCCUCAGUUAGGGGCCCACAUGCCCGUGGCUCUGACCAUGGCACCUGGAGCCCUGAGGGGAGGCCUGCCCUGCCUCCACAGCCCUGUGCACGUCGGCUGCCUCCUGCAGCCUCGAGUCUGCACAGCACCACCCGAGAGCCCCCAGAAGCCCAGCACUCUGCUGGGCCAGGCUUGGCCUCUCCCUCCCCAGUGUCCAGCGAGGUGCUGUGUUCCCUUCGUCCCUGACCCUUGCUGCUCUGUCCCCAUAGAGCUCAGGAGACCCAGAAUGAUUUCUUACAAGGGAAGGGGCCUGGACCGCUUUGCCUCUGUGCCAGGCUGCCACGUGGCUGCACCUGUCCGCCAUCACUCAGGGCUUAGGCGCCUGUCCUGUCCCGCUGCCUCUUCCGUGUGAGUCCAGGCCCCUGGGUGCCAAGGGGACAGCACCCAGCCUGAGCAGAUGUAUGUAAGUGCGAGCCUUCAGGGCCCUUUAGAAGCUGUAAUACGAGUGAUGGCUUUUUCCAAAAUAAACUCCACUUACAGAA